AAACGAAAUCACCAUAGCGACCGGACGCGGAAAGCGCGAAUUCAGUCGCGAAAAUAACACGAAUUUAUGUGAAACAGGCCAACGUGAUCUGUUGUGGUGCCAAGUUUAGUUUCUUCAAACAAAAUAGUGGGCCAAGAUGAGCCGUCUGUAUGAUACAGUGGAGCCCUCUGUCAUUGAUGAGGAUAUGCUCCAGACAGCAGUAGAAGAGCAAGGGCCAGCAGAUGAGGCAGGCCGGAUUGCAAAACAGGAAGGCAUAGAUUUUGGUGAUGUGGAAUCUUUGCGACUUGACUUCAAAAAUAUUCUGAAAAUUGACAACCUGUGGAGUUUCACAAGUCUUGUUAAGCUUCAACUAGAUAACAACAUCAUUGAAAAGAUAGAAGGUUUGCAUGUACUGGUCAACCUUGUCUGGUUAGAUUUAUCUUUUAACAACAUAGAGGUGAUUGAAGGCCUUGACAAACUGACACAGCUUGAGGAUUUGACUCUCUACAACAACAGAAUUUCCAGAAUAGAAAACAUGGAUAAUCUGUCCAAGUUACAUGUGUUUUCUAUAGGCAACAACAAUCUUCAUGAGUUAGACAAUCUGAUUUACCUCCGACGCUUCCAUGGACUUAAGACUCUGAACCUUGGAGGAAACCCAUUUUGUGAAAAAGACAAUUACAAGGCUUUUGUUGUGGCUCAUCUGUCCUCUCUUGAAUUCCUGGAUUAUAGGCUUGUUGAUGAACAGUCGAAAGCUGCUGCAGUCGAGAAGUAUCAGAUUUCCAUAGAAGAAAUUCUGGAUGAUGAAAAGAAAGCCUCCAUGAAGAUUGAAGAGACGGAAAGAAAACAAAAGGAAUUUGAAAUCCACAAGAAAGCUUAUGUGGAACUUUUGGAUUCCCCAGCUCUGUUUGAAAGUAUGUACACAGAGGAUGCAGAAGGACAAAAGUUGAAUGGCAUGCCUGACGUUGACUCACUGCUCGUCAGUUAUAAGGAGAAGCUGGGUGCCAUAUGCAUGCAGCUGUUUGAGUUUGGUCUUCAAGAGAGCACGAGGAGGGAGGAUGAGGUAAACCAAUUCUGGGAAUGUGUACACGAGGCUAAGAACGAAAACAAGCAGACAGCAAUGGACUCUAUCAAAGACUUUAUGGUCUACAAGAAAAAGGUAUUCCAGGAAGUUGGUCAGAUCGGCGAUCAGAAGUUAUUGGAGGCUAGGAUAGCAGACUAUAACAAGGAGGUGUCAGAUCUUUGGGAUAAAUUAAUGGGGCUGGAACUUCAGCUUGUUGACCAGCUAGAGGAAGUCAUCAAGGAUUUCGAAAGAAACAUGCAAGACAUGGUGGCAACAUUUAUAGAAAGUGUUCAGGCAUACCUGUCUCAGAUUCGUGACUUGGAAAACCUUCACCAUGAGAAAAUGAUGGAGAUAGCCAUUGUUACCCUGGAAAAGGUCAUCAAGAAUGAACUGGAUCCCGAAAUAUCAGAGGAUCUCAGAAUGCUGUUUGUUGACAAAGACACAGUCAUUAAUGCUGUCUCUUCAUCUCAUGAUGUUCAUCUGCUGAAGAUAGACAACAAAGAGGAUGACAUUGUGACACGCAUCAACAACUGGCUUAAACAGAUGAUCGCUUCCAUCCACCAAGAGGAAGAAGUGACUAGAAACAGAAUGAGGGUCUCAGAAAUCAACCAUUUAAUAGACCAAAUGAGAGAUGAAAUGGACAACCUUGAAAUGUUACAAUCUGGAAACUACUGA